UCGCCAACUCAUGUAGUGAAGUGGCUAAAAUAAUGAAUAACAAGCAGUUACUGGAUGGCGAAUACUGGCUAAAAAUUGGGGAAAUGGAAUUUCAGGUUUACUGCCACAUGGCUGACAACAACCAAAACUGGACUCUUAUCGCUCGAUUCUCAAACAGCGAUGGAAAGAAUUGGAUGCGUGACGAUGGCAGAUGGUGGUAUGACCAGCAAAUUUCCAUUGGAACAACAAACAACCCCUCUAUGAACAACGAUAUGAUUUCACAAGCCUUUUGGUUGGUCAGCGGUAGAAAAUUAAAGAUCACGCGCAGUGAUGAUCCCAACCACACCCCUCUGCUACAGACCACAGGUAACUGCUUGAGGGGACAAACAUUUCGAUCUAAAAUCACAAGUUAUGGCAACUUUAGAAAUGGCACAGUUUGGGCCAUUAAUCGGUGUCGUGGAAACUGUACGGUUCAAUAUGGAGGACAGUACAAUUCAACAGAUGGGUUUCAACAGGCUAAUUGCAGUGGAGUCAUCCAAAACGCCAACAAGAUCGGGUUCUGGUGUGACUGUGGUAGUGGUGAUGGAUCAGUGAUGAUGAUUGGCGGAGGAGGAGGGGAAUGUGAUCGUGCAGAUCAUGGGAUUGGAAUCACAGAAGCUAACGAUGCCUCUUUUGAUGACAAAAAAUGCAGUGAACAAGACUUUGGUUAUGGUAAUGGUAGUGGUAAUCACAUUUCAACCAGUAAAUCCCAGUCCUACUCGUUGAACCUAUGGAUUAGUUAAACAUAAUUAGAGCAUUACUUUUCAAACUUGGUUUAGACCAG